UCCGCGUCCAGCGAGCCGCGCGGACCAUGGAGCCCGUGUCGCUGCAGGACUUCGUGUGCGCCCUGGACCCUGCCUCCCUCCCGCGUGUGCUGCGGGUCUGCUCUGGUGUCUACUUCCAGGGCUCCGUCUAUGAGAUCUCUGGGAAUGAGUGCUCCCUCUCCACAGGAGACCUGAUCAAGGUCACCUGUGUUCGCCUCCAGAAGGUGGUCUGCGAGAACCCGGGGACGGGCCAGACCAUGGAGCUCGCUCCCAACUUCCAGGGCAACUUCAGCCCCCUCACUAGCCCCCGGAGCUAUGGAACCCUGGAGGAGCUGGUCUCUGCUGCAACCCAGAGCUCCAAGCAGCUGCCCAUCUGCUUCAUGUCAACCCACAGAAUCACCACCAAGGCCAGGGUGGUGCCUCAGGAGCAGCCCCUCAAGCUUGAGGCUGUGGAAAUGCACCUCGGGACCUGCUGUGCCUGCUGUGUGAUGGGCACCGGGGCCCAGCAGGUCCUUCUGCACCUGCCCCUGUCCCAGAAGGGGCCCUUCUGGGAACUGCAGCCUGGGCCCCCUCGGACUCUGCUCCAGGUGCUGCAGGACCCGGCCCUGAGGGACACCAUCCUCACCUGCCCCGCCCUCCCCUGGCGCUCCCUGACCCUGAUGCCCCAGUACGAGGUCGAAGCCAUCAUGCACUUGCGCAGGACCAUCGUCAAGAUCCCCUCCACCCUGGAGGUUGACGUGGAGGAUAUCACCGCCUCCUCUCAGCACAUCCACUUCAUGCAACCGCUGCUGCUGAGCGAGGCCCUGGCCCGGGGAGGCCCCUUCCCCCUGCCCACAGAGAUCCUGGAAGUUCCGGAGGGGCCCCCCAUCUUCCUCAGCCCGUGGCUGAGCUCCUUACAGAAGGGCCAGAGGCUCUGCAUCUACGGCCUGGCCUCGCCACCCUGGCGGUUCCUGGCCUCAACCAAGGGCCGGAAAGUGCCCAGACACUUCAUGAUCUCCGGGGCCUACCAGGGCAAGCUGCGGCGGCGGCCGAGAGAGUUCCCCACGGCCUACGACCUCCUGGGUGCUCUCCAGCCAGGCCAGCCACUCCGGGUAGUGGCCACAAAGGACUGUGAAGGAGACGGGUUUGAGAACCCCGGGUUCAUGUCCCUGGCCAUGGGAGACAGGCUGGAGGUGUUGGGGUCUGGCCAGGCCCUUGGGGUUCAAGAGAGGGACAUGGACGUCCUGGUGUGUCAGCGGCUGAGUGACCAGCCUGGGGAGGGAGAAGAGUAUGAAGAGGCAGAGGACCAAGAACAGAUUCUGCUGCCCCUCCACCUCUCUGGCGGCUUCGUGGAAGAGUUGGGUGAUGGCCGGCGCUACAGCCUGCAGGAUCUGAUUGCCCAGUUCUCAUUGCCCUGUGAGGUCAAGGUGGUGGCCAAGGACGCCAGCCACCCUGCUGACCCUCUGCCCUCCUUCCUGGGCCUGCGGCUGGAGGAGAAGAUCAUGGAACCCUUCUUGGUGGUCAGCCUAGACUCCAACCCUGAGAUGUGCUUCGAGGUCCCUCCCCGGUGGCUGGACCUGACUGUCGUGGAAGCCGAGGGGCAGCCAAGCCAGCCGGCUGGGCCCCUCCCUGUAGUCCCAGUGGAGGAGCUGACAGAGGCCUUCUAUUAUCACCUUCGGAAGUCACCGGCCUUUGAGAGUCAAGCUCCCCCGCCCAGGCCUCCGAAAAGUAAGGACCUCAGUGGGCAGAAGAAGCAGGUCAGCAAGGCAAAAGGCGUCAAGUCUUCUGAAGCCUUCCAAUUGCAGAAAUCAUCUCUGCUGCCUAAACCCAAGAGGAAGACCUUCCCAAAGGUCACCAAGGACAGCUGCAAUUUAUACGGUGAGAUUCCUGGUCACAAGAAGGGUCUCAGGCUCACUAAGCCCAUCACUCAGGAUACAGAUGAUGAACAUGAUUACGAAGAAAUACUUGAGCAGUUUCCGAAAACCCUCUAGGUGCUGGAGGAACCUUACUUCCUAACUGCUGCUUCUUAGGGAACCCGAGAUAUCAGCCAACUAUUACACGCCUUUAGAGGACCUUGGACAAGGUCUCUCAGAAAUCAGACUGUGGACAAGGAGUGGCCGGGUGGGGACGAACUGGAAAUAGGAAAGACCCUGCACCAGCUUCCCUCUGGCUUCUCUGGGCCCAGCACCUUGCAUUUGGCUCCUUCAGCCUCGGAGCUUUGGUAUCAAGUAGCCAGCUGGGUUCUACUCAGUCUUGCAACCCAACACCAGUUGCCCCACUGGUUAGUGCAGAAAGGAAUCCAAGAGACUGCCCACCUUGGUGACGGCAGCACAGUGCCUCCUGCCUCUUGGUAAAGGGGCCUCAAUCCUGAUCACACACUGCACUGAGAGCCUUUUGUAAUGUUGGCCGCCCCUGCUCCACUCUCUCCUCCCUCUCCCCGUCCCCCACCCAGGCUCUGAGCCCCUGAGGGACCAGGACUGUCUUCCUCAUCUCUGCAGCACCCAGCACAUGACAGCUGUAGGUGACUAUCCAAGAUGAUUUCACUUUAAAACCACAGAAUAAAAAUGACAUCUGAGCUUCCGGAAAAAUGAUAAGAGAUUAUCACUUAUUAAGUUCUGUCUGUGUACCAGACCCUUUACAAACCCUAUCUAAAUCAACUCUCUGAGGUAGACAAGGCCUGGUUUUAAAGGUUGGGAAACAAGCUAGUCUAGUGUGCUUCAGCGGGCAGGCUAGUCAUGGGCCUGGGUCAGGAUCCUUGCUCACCACCUACAAGUGAUUUUAACCUCUCUAAGCUUCAGUUUCUUCACAUGCAAAAUGAAACUAAGUUAUCUACCUCAAAAGAUUGUUUUAAGGAUCGAUUGAGAUAAUAUCUGUACAGCAUUUAGCACAGUGCCUGGCUCAUAAUAAACAUUCAAUAAACAUGUUAGUAUCAUUACUGUUGACCAAGAUUAAAGAGUUGUACCUGUCUCUAAAACCAACACCCCUUUCACAUGCUUACGCUGUCUCCUAGUCAUGGAAUUCAUCCCAGUGUUUAUACUAUGUUCCUGGGCUGUGGAGACAGAGCCAGUAUAACGAGAUAAGAGAAGAAAUACAAGCCUGUGUCUACGCAGAGAAUAACUAACUCCGUUUCCAGGGUCAGUUAAGGCCUGUUCAGUAAGGUAAGACCACAGGCCUCACUUCCUAGAAGUAGUGGGACUUUGGUUUCUUGGGCUAAUGCAGUCACGGAACUAAGCACCAUGGUCAGCAGAGGACAGGAGAGAGACAAAAAGAUGGAAGGAGUGUCCAGUGGAGGCGGGAGCCGAAAGAGGGUCAAAUUCCCACUCCUGGAUUCUAGGCACUACACCUGAGUGUGUCCUUCCUUUGCCUCCUAACAUCCCUCUGGCUCUCUGGACCCAUGUACUUCCCAGGCCGCCACACUCCAGCAGGGCAUUCUCCAGGUGACCACUGAGUGGUGACUACAUGCUGCUGGGCCAGUCCCCAAUAUCUAGCACCCAUGCUCAUCUCCACACCAGUUCCCAUGCCCUCCUCCACAGAUGCAAUCUCUACCACACAGGAGGACCCUGAGGAAGAGAGUACUCUGGGAAAAGCAAUAAGCAAGAGACAGAAAGUUCCUCCUUGGCACCGAACCCCUAGGGAUCACGACCCCAUGAAAAUGUCAACAGUUUCACUUUCAUGUUUGCAGUUAAUCCUGGCGCCAAAUUGAGCAAGAUCACAAAAGCGGGGCAGAGGAGAGGGCCACCAGUUCCCACAAAAGGGGAUUUCGGAGUGGCCAAAUGCUACCAUGAGGAGAAAGGCAGCAAUUUCAUAGCAGGGAAAGCUGGGCUUCAAAGGAAAACAUGUUUGAAAACCACAAUUGUGAAUGUCUUACUAGAGCAGUGAGGGUAGGAAGGGAAUGGACCAAAGGCAGAUACCACCCUCAGGGUGCUUUUGUCCUCUUUACCUCUGGAAUAAACCGCUGGGUGGUGGGGAGGGAAUUAUAAUGGGACUAGAGAUUCCCCCAAGCAGUGGUCUCCAAAGUGAGCACACAAGAUGACUGACUGGGAAACAGAGAAGAAUUACAGUUGACCCCCCACACGGUCAAAAAAUCCACAUACAACUUUACAGUUGGCCCUCCGCACCUGCAGAUUCAACCAACUGCAGACCGUGUAGUAUGUGUUUAUUGGAAAAAAUCCGCGUAUAAGUGGACCGGCACAGCUCAAACCGUGAUGUUCAAGGGUCAA